UGGCGCGGUAGAUAAACAAAUAUGGCGACUACCAGGAAGGAGACACCCAUUCCUGCCCUUCGCGUCAGCCAGCUGGAUGCUGCAGAACUUGACAAUGAAGUUAUCUCCCUUGUCAAGAGUCAGUUGAUGCAAUUGUUCAAAUACCAUCAGACAAACACACUUGUGAAGUAUGGACCAGAGGUGGACGCUCUUCUCAAAAUCCUCAUUUGGAAGUUUUCCAUUGUCACCCAUGACUGUACCAUCGGUCAGCAGAUCCUCAAUCUAAAAUAUGCCAGUGACCUUGCCCAGGGGUCAGGGCCUUGGCUAGGUACACGACAAAAGUUACUGUACGCCUUGAUCCUGAUUGGCUGUCCCUGGCUCAAGGAGAGGUCAGGUGAUAUCCUCCAGAUGUUAAACCUGUCUCGAUGGAAACAGAAAGUACAGCAGAUCUUACACUGGACCGAGACUGGCCUCAAGGUGGCAGCACUGUUCAACUUCCUGGUGUUUUUACGCAAGGGCGUGUACAGGGCACUGGUGGAGAGGAUUCUGGGUAUCAGGGCAAUGUUCCCUAACCAGCAAGGUGUCAGACAGGUCAGCUUCGAAUUUAUGACCAGAGAGUUACUUUGGCAUGGAUUCUCGGAAUUUCUAUUCUUUGUACUACCAUUGAUCAAUUUCCAACGCCUGAAAAACUUUGUGAUGAGACAAGUGUUACCUGUAAGUAAGACAGACGCUACAGACCGAACAAGUCGUAAGCUAGAGCAGUGUGCCGUGUGUGGAGAUAAGCCGACAAACCCGCGGGAGAUUGGAUGUCCUCAUGUGUUCUGCUACUUCUGUAUAGAGGGUAACUACAAAGCUGACCCAGGGUAUUCCUGUCCACUGUGUGGAGCAAGUGUUGUAGAUGCAAAUAACAUUAAACCCGCCAGAAUGGUGAUCCCUACGAGGUAGUGAAGGAAACCCACUCCCUCUGGACAUAGCUUUAUCACAGAAUCUUCUUCAACCCAACACAGCCUACAUCACAGAAUCUUCUUCAACCCAACACAGCCUACAUCACAGAAUCUUCUACAGCCAAACACUACCUAUAUUUAUCUAUAGGGACUUGAGGAAAAGCAGCACCUCGCAUCAAUCACCAGACUUUCUCUCACAUUUCAAAUUGAUUUUUUUUACUUUAAACAGUAUUGAAGAAAGCUGAUUCUGGACUUUUUGAAGAAGAGACAAAAGAUCAUACUAGAGUUCAAGAAGAUUUUAUGGAUUAAGAACAUCAAGUACAUGGACCAUUCGACAAUACAGCCAGUAAAGAAACCACUAAGAGAGUACGCCUAUGCAUAUCCUAUUGGGCCAGUAGGUUGUUGUUGUUGGGCAUCUGAGAAAAAAGUUUUAAAAUCAUCUUACAUCUUCUUAUGAAAUAUGAACACCUUCACCUAGGGUAAUAUUUGUUCUGUAGCUAAAUGAGAGGGUGUAAAGUGUAUUUAAAUAAUUAAAACAAAUUCGAGGUCGUAGAGGUCAAAUGUUUGAAUUAAUUUUCUAAUGCUUUGUGAUUGUGACACACAGGUAUGUAGCUUGCUGGGGUAAUUGGCUAUAUAAAAAAAUUCAAAUAAAUUACCUUAAUGUGUAUUCAAGAUUGCUGAGGUCGAAUGUGUUCAGAAUUAUUUUGCCGUUAUUUUGCCUAAAUCAUUUCAUCACUGUCCAUUGAUAGGCCCUCUGGGCCUCUUGUUAUAUUAUAUUUGUGUGAAGUAAAAUACAAUAAGCAGAAGUUGAAAUGAUAUGUUCAGAAAGUCACCACUGUCCUAGUAGGUUUCCUCUGGGUACUCUGGUUUUCUCCCAUAUUGAAACCCCUGAAUGCUGCCAUCAGGGCCAACAAGAAUGAUUAAUAUAAGUUGAUAGAACUUGUUUCAUUAUUAUUGUAAAACAAAUUAACUUUAAUUUACAGAAACUGUGUAUAACAUGAAACGGACGUUAAAUUGUAUUUUCUUUCAUCGAUUUCACCUUUACAGACGGUCACUGAUAUAAACUUAAGUUGUCUGUGGGAUCGUUUAAACUUGAGCCAAUUCAAUCAGUUGAUUUUUCGGACACAGGUUUUAGAUUCCUGAACUAAAGCAUUUGCUGUGGCUUCAACCAGAUCCACUUGAUCUCUUUGUAAUGGGACCAAUCAAAAUUGUGGGAAAAUCAUCAUUAUCAUCAUCGUCAUCACCAACGUCAUUAUCAUCAUCAUCAUCAUCAUCAU